AUGCCUCCUGUAACCUGGAGGGAGUCCUUCCCACCCAAGCCAAGCUUUACUGAAAAGGAUAUCCCGGACCAGUUUGGCCGCGUCUUCAUUAUUACAGGUGGCUCGUCUGGGUGUGGCUUCGAGACCGCAAAGGCCGUGUACAAUCUCAAUGGCCGUGUCUACAUUGCCGGCCGCUCCGCUGAGAAGGCAGAGGAAGCCAUCCAUAGGAUCAAGUCCGAACCGGCUGCUCCUCACCCGACUGUCAAACGAGGCCGAGGCGAGAUCUUCUUCCUCCGUCUUGAUCUCAACGACCUAAGUACCAUCAAGGCAUCUGCCACCGAAUUCCUAUCCAAAGAGUCGAGGCUGGACGUGGUAUGGCACAAUGCUGGACUUGGUGGAGCGCCGUUCGGAAGCAAGACUGUUCAGGGCUUCGAGACGCAUCUUGGCGUCAACGCGCUUGGCCCGUUCCUAUUUCAGCACUUCUUAACACCCAUCUGUCUUACGACAGCCGCACGCUCUGAUGCUAAGCCUGGCCACUCAAGAGUUGUCUACGUUUCGUCUUCGGGUCAUCGAGCGGCACCCAAGCCAGACGGUGUUAACUGGGAUGACCUAAACAUGCACCAGCUGGGCGGCUUCAAGGGAGCUAUGACCAAAUACCCGCAGAGCAAAGCCAUGCUGGUCAUGUUUGCGCAUGAGUUCGCCCGGCGUUUCGCAGCGCAAGGCCUUUUGUCACUUUCCCUCCACCCAGGAUCCGUCAAAUCCGAAUUCCAACGCAACCAGCCCGGACUCGUCAAGUGGUUGACAUCUCCGCUGCUUUAUGAACAACAUUACGGCGGCCUCACCCUACUGUUCGCAGGAUUCGCUGAUGUCGACGAUACAAAGAUGCUCGAGCAGGGCGGGCAAAACGGAUCUUAUGUCGAGCCAUGGGGUCAUUGGGGAACUGGGGCCGACUAUAUUUUUGACGGACUUGUAAAUCGUGGUACAGGAGAUCGAUUGUGGAAAUUGUGCGAGGAGCUCUUGAAGGAUUGGAUGUAA